CUCGGCACGGACCGGGCGCAGGUGGGGGCGCGGCGGGGGUCGGGCGCUGCCUCCUCCGGGGGGACGGCGGCGAAAGCGGCGGCUCCGCUCCGCCGCUGACCGGGGCUUAAAGAGCGGCUGUGCGGCAGGUUGGUCGGAGCGAGCACGGAGCCGUGGUGCCUAACAUGACUGCCAGCUUCAGCAUUCGGCUCUCCUGCACUGACGAGUAAGGACCGAGCCUGCCACGUGCUCCUGCAGCUGGGCUCCUGCCAGCAGUGCAAAUAACUGACCAGCUUGUUGGAAGAUGACGCUUAUUCCUACUUGAAGCUGCCAUUUGGAAAACAAACACUGCAAGAAUGAGGAAGAAUCCAAGCCUCCCCUGUCUUUUAGCACUAGCUAUUUUAUGUUUAACAAGCUUAGUACAUAGUCAGGAGAUAGGUUCUCCAGGGGACCCCCAGAAUUUAAAAUGCAUCACGCACAAUUUACGUAAAAUGGUCUGUACAUGGGAUGUCUCUUCUAGAAGAAGGCACGGACAAACUGACUUUUGUUACACUACCAAUGACCACCCUCUUACAGAGUGUUUUAAAACUAAGGAGAAAAGGGUCGAGAUUCCAGUCCCAGAGAGCUCCACCACCAUUAAAAUAACCACAAACAGCAUUUCUGGAACUUCUUUUGCUACCAGAGAAUUUGAAAUUCGCAAGAACGACAUCUCAUUUAUUCCACUUGCUCCACACAUUCUUAGUUUAACACCUGACUUUCCAACUUCCACAUUAACUCUGAAGUGGAGUGAUAACGGAUCGAUCUUCCCAUAUGGACUGGAUGCCUUUUGGCAGAUUGAGAUUCUCCGUAAGGAAACAAUGGAAAAAGUCACACAAGUAACUUACUAUUCAAAGCUGACCCAUGAAGACAUCAUUCUUUCUUGGAACUGGACAUCUGAUAUGCCUUUGGAGUGUACAUCACACUAUAUGAAGAUUCGCUGUUAUAUUAAUGUAACACAGUUUGUUGGCCACAAGGAUUGGAGUGACUGGAGCCCAGUAGAAGAGUCCCCUGGAAAAGAUACCGAGCCCCAUGGGAGUGGGGUUUUUCCUCAGGACACUGUAGUGGCAGUGGGUUCAGAUGUGACAAUUUGUUGUGUUCAUGAAGAAGGACAGCAGAUAAAACGGAUGACUUAUGGACCAGAAGCAUACCCACUAAUACGUCUAAGCAGUCGGAGCAGUGCAAUCAGAGUGCUAAAUGCCAGUGCUUCAGAUACCAGUGGGACAAAUGUAGUGUGCAGUCUGUCUGAGGAUGGGAUGGAUGGAACUGUCUUGUUUGUGGGAUAUGCCCCUGAUAUUCCCCAAAACCUCAGCUGUGAAACGUCCAACUUUGAGUUAAUAAAAUGCACCUGGAAACCAGGUCGACCCAGUGGACUAUAUGGAAAACGAGGAACAAAGUACAGCUUAUUUGAAAGGAUAUCUGGAAAAAAUGUUUCCUGUGAAGUAAAUGAAAUGAACAAAGAGCGUGUCUGUGGCUUUCCAGUACUGGCUGAUCAAAAAACCUACAAUUUCCUAUUAGGUGUCUCCAAUCCUAUUGGACAAACAGAAGCAUCGCUUUUGGUUGAUAUAAGUCAGAGAGUUCAUCCAAAAACUCCAGAAAAGUUAACUGUUUCUGGGAACAGCUCUACAAGCGUCCAUCUGCAUUGGUUUAUAAAUGGCAGUUUUGCUGCGAUCAGGCUUCUGUGUCAAAUUGAAAUUAGCAAUGGUCACUCUGAACAAAAACUGCACAAUGUCUCCAUGCCUGGUGGAAAAUCCUCGACUUAUACAGCUCAGCUGAACACGUUGCACCCCUAUACCAAAUACUGGUUCAGGGUGCGCUGUUCAGCUGCUGACCACUUCUGGAGAUGGAGUGACUGGAGCAGGAUAGAGGAGCACACAACACUGGAAGCCCCUCCUGCAAGAGGACCAGAUAUCUGGAGAGAGAGAAGUCCUUCAGGAAAAAGUCUAAAAAUCUUCUGGAAGCCCUUAGCCCUUUCUGAAGCCAAUGGAAAAAUAGUAUCUCAUGAAGUUUCCUGCUACCUGCUAGAGAAACCACUGGAGUAUAAAGAAGUCACAGAGCCCUCAAACAGUACUGAGAUAAAACUUGGAAGAAACGACUGUGUAGUUAGCGUUGUAGCCAAAAAUCAUGCAGGCUCAUCUCCUCCUUCAAGGAUAACAACUGUGGAACUUCCAAGUGACAAUGUCAAAACAGAUCGGGCCGUGGCAAUGGGGAAUGGAAUUUAUAUUUCUUGGAAUUCUUACCCCAACAUAACCUGUGGCUAUAUAGUAAAAUGGUGUCAUUCAUCUGGGUCUGAACCCUGCAGUGUGGACUGGCAGAAAUUUCCUUCAAAUACAACAGAUGCAGUGAUAAAAUCUGCUCUGUUUAGACCUGGAGUGAGAUACAACUUUUCACUAUAUGGUUGCAAAUCCAGUGGAUAUCAGUUACUGAAAAACAUAACUGGGUAUACGAAAGAGCUGCCUCCAAAACGUGCACCAAAUUUUACUGUAGAAGAAACUUCUUCAGAUUCAAUAUUGGUAAAAUGGGAAGACAUGCCUAUUGAGGAUUGUCAGGGGUUUUUAGAGGGAUAUCGUCUUUCCUUUGCAAAAGGUGAAAAAGAUGCCUUGAAGCCUAGACUUUUGGAAUCAGGGAAUCCAGAACUUAAAGUUAAGAAUAUCACUGACCUAACAAAAAAGUCUUUGAAAAUACUUGAUCUUCAAGGGAAAACAAGUUACCAACUGGAUCUACAAGCCUACACGGCUGGUGGGUUGAGCCCUCCUAACAGCCUCUAUGUGGUGACAAAGGAAGACUCUGUAGGACUAAUCAUUGCAAUUCUCAUCCCUGUGGCAGUGGUUGUUCUGCUUGGAGUGGUGGCGAGCAUCUUUUGCUAUAGAAAGAGGGAAUGGAUUAAAGAAACAUUUUAUCCAGAGAUCCCGAAUCCUGAGAACAGUAAGGCACUGCAGUUUCAGAAGAACAUCUGUGAGGGAAAUAAGACUCUUAAAACACUGGAAAUGAACCCUUGUACACCCAAUAGUGUUGAAGUGGUGGAAACACGGUCUGCAGCUCCCAAGAUUGAAGAUACAGAGAUGAUGUCCCCAGCAGUAGAUACUAUUAUACGUGAAGAUGGAUCUGACUCAGAAACAGAAAAUCAUGUGGUUGUGUCUUACUGCCCCCCUAUCAUUGAAGAGGAAAUCUCAAAUCCCCCUAUGGAUGAAUCUGUGGGGACAUCUCAGGUGGUUUACAUUGACAUCCAGUCAAUGUAUCAGCCUCAAAUUAAACCAGAGGAGUCAGAAAUAGACUUUGUGACUACAGCAGGCUAUAAGCCACAAAUGCAGCUGCCUAUCAGUGCUCUGAAAAUAGAGAGUCGCUCACCUGCAGAGGAAGAAUCAGAUAAAACUGCAGGUUACAGACCUCAAGCAAACACAAAUGUCUGGAACAUGGACACUCCAGACUCUCCUGGAUCAGUUGAAAGCAACAAUGAAAAUGCAUCUUUUGGGAGCCCGUGCUCUAUUAAUUCCCGACAGUUUCUGCUUCCCCCAAAAGAUGAUGAAGAUUCUCCCAAACCGAGUAACAUAGGGUGGUCCUUUACACACUUCUUUCAGAACAAACCAAAUGAUUAAGUGAGUCCACACUGCACCUGAACCUGCCUUCUAAAUAAGCUCUUAUUCCUGAUGUUGUAAAGAAAGGAGGAAGAAAAGUGCAAAAAGCAUGCAUUAUUCUUGGAGACAGUCAGCAGAGGUUCUAGUAAGCUGAAUGUUAUCAUGUUUAAGUUAGUGGAAGUGUUGAUGUUCCAUUUUAAUAGAGGCUAAGUGGCCGAAGGUAUAGCAAUUUAGUUAUUACUCUAGUAAAGUAUAUUGGAUAUAGGGGGUAUUGAGUUUAGAUCUCCUGAUAAAUGUAGUCAAAGAACUCUGCCUACCUUCACAUAGUGUUCCAAGAUUAAUAUGGUCUCAUACAACUUAUAACUUGGAAAGAUUGCUUUGCUUUGUUGUAGUUGUUCUCAACUGUGCAUACUCAAACAGUGUAUCCCCAACAGGUUUACUCACUUGAGGGUUUCAUUUAUCACAAACCUCAGCCUAAUGCAUGGAAAGAAUAUGGUUAGAAACUCUUGAGAUCUUUUACCUAGUGAUAAACUAAGAACAAAUCAAAGUCCUAUUUUUUUUUUCUCCCAUACAAAAUGGUAUUGUCACUGCUUAACACUUCUGAAGCAAUGGCUUUUCAAAUCUGUUGCUUUUUAACUAGACACUAGUUUCUGUACCUACUGUAUGUUUAUUCAAUGUUUGACUCAGGGGUACAAACUUGGGAAAAAAGUGUAACACUGAUUUAAACCUCAGCAAGAACUGCAUGAAGUUUUAAACUUUUUUUUUU